AUGCUGACGGGUCUCCGUGGCGUCUCGCCAAUGUCCGACGCGAUGUCCGAGAGUACGCUGGAUAGGAACCACGCGGAGAAGGCAUUAAUAACGAAAACACCGACGCACAGUCAGGUUUUCCUCAAUAAAAGUAGCGGGAAUGGUGUCAAGAAUUAUUCCGAUAAGAAUGGGAAUGAUGUUACUAAGUCCAUGCAGAGGGGGCGGAAGACGUUCGCGUUUUGGACUUUCGUGUGCUUGCUGUUUGUCCUCGCCAUCGGAAAUUUAGUUCUGACCUUCACGAUCCUCGCGGUUCUGAGGCUUGGAUAUGGCAUGGAGAGCAUGGAGUUUCUGCCGGAGCAUGAUGCCAUAAAGUUCCUCGGUGCUACUGAUUUAGACCACGUGUACAAGAGAGAUGGCCUGCUAUCGGGCUUUCAGGACGUGCCGAUGACCAUAAGCAGCGAGAACGGAUCGGUUGUGUUCAACCUGCAGACCAGGUUGUCCCGUUCGGACGCUAAGCUUGUGCUGAACACCUCUGGAGUUUUCGUGAGGGGCGUCAGCUCCCUGGACUUGUUGGACCCCGAGACCGGGGAGGUCGUCUUCAGCACGAGCUCGCCGGAGAUGAACCUUCCAGAGGGAGUCAAUAAUUUGCUCGCGAAGCAAAUCUCGACGAAGCGGAUAGCGUCGCCCGUGGACGAGGACCUGGUGCUGCGCUCGGAGACCAGCGCGCACCUGCGCGGCGCCGAGGGCACCAGGAUGGAGACCAAGCAGCUGUUCUGGAGCGCCGACCAGGACAUACACCUGAGGUCGAUAAACGGCUCGGUGGUGCUGAGCGGCAAGGAGGGCGUGUUCGUCGACGUGCGAUAUCUGCCGAUAGCGUCGGCCAGCAACGCCUCCGCGCCCCCCGCGGCCCAGUUCAAGGUGUGCGUGUGCAUGCCGCACGGGAAGCUGUUCCGCGUGGCGGCCACCGCGGCCGCCUGCUCCCACGUGCACAUGGCCGGGGAGUCGAACCCGUGCGUC